UGCUGGGUAUGGAUGUGACAGUUGAACUGGUACCAGUCCUGCUGCUGGCAUGUAUGUGACAGGGGAACUGGUAUCAGUAGUGGUCCCGGUAUGGAUGUGACGGGUGCACUGGUACCAGUGCUGAUGCUGGUAUUUGUGUGAUGAGGCAUUGGUACCAGUGCUGAUGCUGUUACUGGUAUGCUGGUAUGAGUGUGAUGGGGGUACUGCUACCAGUGCUGGUGCCAGAACUGGUAUGGGUGUGAGCGGGUCACCGGUACCAUUGCCAGUGCUGGUACCAGUAUGGGCAUGAUGUAGUGCAUUUAUUAGACUAGGUGAGACAAGGGCGUAACUGGUACUGGCAGAGGAACAACAGAGGGACCAGUACCCAUACUCAUACUGGUGCUUGCAGGAGAAGGGCACCGUUAUUGUUUCCCUUACUGGAAUAGUCAUGGGCAUAUUAGGAGCACUGGUACUCUUACUGGUGGUCAUAGUUGCAAUAGGAGCUCCAGUACUGGUGCUCAUACCCUUGUGAGUGUGACAGCAGCACAAGUAUCCAUGCUCGUACUGGUACCAUUGUGGGCAUGACAGACACCAGUACUGGUAUUCCUUCUUUGCACAACAGAGGCACCGGUAUUGUACUCUACCACUGUGGUCACCGCCUCAUGUGGGCAUGAUGCAGAGGACACUGGUAGCACUAAUGGCAUGGGAUCAGUGGAGCGCUGGUACAAGUGCAGUGUUGGUAGUGGUACUAGUGCAUGUGUGCAGCAGGGGCACUGUUACGAGUAUCACUGUGGGAUCAGUAUGGUACUGCAACUGGAACCGGUGAGGAUAUGAACCUUGUACUGGUGUGGGCACAAGGGGGCACUGGUUACCAGUGGAGGAGGAGUGGGGGCAUAGCAGUGGUACCAGUGUAGGCACCACCUGCCCAGCACUGGAACCAGGAUGGUGCUGGUACUGGUAGGAGACUCUGCAUGGCUGGAGCAAGCUGCCAAUGCCAGCACCAGCACAGAGGGGUGCAGGCAUAGAUGGGCAUGGCACCAGUAUCAACACUAGUCCCAGAACAGCACUGGUGCCAGCAGGAGCUCUCUCCCUUGCAGGGCUUUCUUCUGGCUGGUGUCCCUGCUGCUCUCCUCCCUCAUCUGGUUUAUUGCGGUCAAAGCCAGCAACCCCCAGGAUGAGCCAUUGCAGAAGGGUCUCUUGAUCUUUGGGGUGAUGUUCUCUGUGCUGCUGCAGGAGGCCUUCCGCUUCCUUUACUACAAGCUCCUCAGGAAGGCCAUUGAGGGGCUGGUGGCUCUCAGUGAGGAUGGCUGCUCCCCCAUUUCCAUCCAGCAAAUGGCAUAUGUGGCCGGCGUGGGCUUUGGGCUCAUGAGCGGCGCCUUCUCCAUGAUCAAUCUCCUGGCAGACUCAUUAGGGCCCGGCACAGUGGGCAUCCACGGGGACUCGCAGCUAUACUUCCUGACCUCAGCUUUUAUGACCAUGGUGCUGAUUUUCCUUCACACCUUCUGGGGGAUCAUCUUUUUCCACGGCUGUGAGCAUCGGCGCUGGUGGGAGAUUGCAGCAGUUGUCAUCAUGCACCUCACUGUUUCGGGCUCGACGUUUUGCAACCCCCUGUACGUGGGCAGCCUGGUGCCCUCCUACCUGGUGAUGGCCACUGCUGCUGCCUGGGCUUACAUGCUCUCGGGGGGAUCUGCCCAGAACCUGAGGCGCUUUCUGCUCUGUCUACAGAGUGGAGCCAGCCCUCAGCUGGGAUCCUGAGGCCCCGCGGGAUGUUCCCGUCCCCAGCCACCCCUGCCCUCCCCUCCAUCCUGGUGGCAAGAGCAGCCGUCACCUUCUCUGCAAUACCUUUUCUCCCAGACUGGGGGACCCCAGCCGGUCCCAGCGGGGUUGGCACUGGGGUCCAGCUGUGGCCCAGCUGUGGCAGCCAGCUGAGCAGCGUGGCUUUGGCAGCCCCCAGAGAACAGCUCAGUUUUGGGGAACCCAUCUUUGCUGGCCCUGCCAUAGGCAGAGCUCCAGUAAGCCUGCUGGGAAAGAUGCUACCUUGGACUGCUGGAAGCCUGAGCCCAAAGAAACCCAUCGCUUCUCCCACUGCUGCAGAAGAUGUGCUGUCCCCUGUGGUUCAGGGGGCCGCAUCACCUCCUCGCUGCAGGGUGGAGGAAGGGGCUUUGCAAAGCGCUGCCAUGCUCUGGGUCAGGGCUGACGGCUGCAGUGCUGCUUUCUCCACCUCUUUGACCAGCCUGGCUGCCCUGGCAGCCACUGCACAGGCUCUGGACUGCAGUAUCUGCAGUGAGCUGGCAUCCUGGUGCAGGGAGGAUGAUGCCUGGGGAUCCGAGGGGUCUGACAGCACUGAGAAUGGGAGGAGGAAUGGGAACAUAUGGUGUCUGAAGGGCCCAGCAUUCAUGGGGGGGUGGUGGAGGGCUCAGGAGGUGAUGCAAUGCUGCAGCUGGGGCUGGCACAGCUCAGGGAGGGGGUUCAAGGAGCCAUUCCAGUGGAUCGUUGCCCUCUCCUGCACUUCAAUGGGGAUUUUUAGGCAGGCACCAGCCCUGAUGCUGUGCCACAGGGCUGGGAGGGAGAAACUGCCAUUGGGCUCAGGGCUGAGAAGGCAGUUUUAUCCACCGUGGGCUUUUAUACCAAUAAAAUCAAGUACCAUAGAGAA